AUGAGUUCAACUGCUCUGAAGCGCACCUGGUCCUUAACAAAUACAGGCGACCGAGGAAGUUCAUACGAACAAUCCGACCAAUCGAUCUCUCAUUCUGGUGUCCCUCCUUUACCCAAAAUCAACGGAGACACUCUGUUACAGGUUUUGACUCAUAGAUCAUUACGCAGACAGGACGACGCCCUCGAAAAUUUCGACAAUGAACGAUUGGCAGAACUUGGAGCUACAGUUCUGGAUACUGCGAUCACUGUUGCUUUGUUCCAUCGCCGACCAGUCCUAUCGGGUCUUGAAAUGCUGAGGAAGGAUAUUCUCUCUGAGGAAAACUUGGAUGGCUGGGUUUCGAUGUAUGGCCUGAGAGAGAAGGUUAGAAUCGCUCCGCAGCUAAUACCUACUCUAAAGUCACCCGAGGAAACCCGAACACUAUUCUUUGCGUAUGUGGGCGGCAUCUAUAAGGAACAAGGCCUGGAACCCGUUCAACGUUGGAUCGAUGGGCUCACUCAUGAUAACACUCCUGUUCGAUCUUCCACAACGACCGAAGUCAGUGCGCCGCCCCAGGAACUCGUGCACUCCACUGCCAAACCUCCACCGUAUGUCCACCACAGUCCUCCUCAAAAGAAAGUGAAGGCAGAUCCGCCUAUACCUAUCGCUGCUCAGCCCCACCCGUCCUCAUCACUGUUUAUGCCGCCGACUGUAUUUCCUGCUGCACAACCACAAUAUCCUGAUACCACCAAGCCCUUUUCGAAUCCGCUUUCACCUGCCCAGCCUCACCUUGCAUUUCUUCCGCUGUUCAAUCAAACAGCUACGCAAAGACGCGUGUCAGUAGAAUAUCCUGCAGCUUGCAGUGGUCCUUCACACGCGCCGAGGUGGAUUAUUCAAUGCAAAGUGAACGGAAUUCUCAAGGGAACGGGAAUGGGUAAAUCUAAACAGGAGGCAAAGGAAUUUGCUGCAAGGGAGGCUUGGUAUAAGCUCGGGUGGUCUUAGAAACCUUGGGUAUUAUUAUCUUUCGAUAGGUCUAUACAUAUGUAUGUUGUAUGUACUAGGAAAAACGAGCUUUGAAUUCUGCCCGAA